CUCUACGUAAAUGAAUGAAAACUGAAAAGUAUAUAUGUUUUACUUCUGGAGCUUAUUUGUUAAGCUCUCUUUACGAAUCGUAAUCAAUGAUAUGGCAAAUCGUUCAUUUGGUGGCUUCGGAAGGCGAUGCUUUGCUUCAUUAUUCAAAUCCACUUUCACCUCUUACACUCCCAGUACCACCAGGCCAAUUCCAUACCAAGAACCCAAUUUAUCCUCAUUCAUUUCAUCGAACAGUUGGUGGGCAUUCAGAAACUUGACAAUUUGUAGGCACUACGGGUUUUCGUCUUCGUCAUCGUCAUCGUCAUCGUCAUCGUAUCAAUCAACAGUGCGUUGCGUUAUAUCAGAAGGAAAACCCAAAUUCGAGGCAUAUGAAAUCGAUCCACCUAAGAAAUUCAAAUGGAAAACGAAGAAAAAACUGAAGUUGCAAAGAAAGAAAGAGAAGCACAAGAGAAACUUAGCAAACAAAAAGGACCCCCGUCGUCUCACCAUCAAAGGAUCUAAAAGGAAAGCCAGGUUUGCCAAUGCUGAGGAACGAAUCAAAUAUAAGCUCGAAAAGGCAAAAAUCAAAGAAUCCUUGCUGAUUGAAAGGCUGAAGAGGUAUGAAGUUUCAAAACUUCAAGGACCAAUGGUGAAACCAGUUGACAUGACAGGUGAAGAACGAUUCUACAUGAAGAAGAUGGCUCAAAAAGGAUCCAAUUAUGUUCCAGUUGGAAGAAGAGGUGUGUUUGGAGGUGUCAUCCUGAAUAUGCAUAUGCAUUGGAAGAAACAUGAAACUGUAAAGGUCAUUGGAGAUGACACCAUAAUCUUUUAUCGUGGGAAGGAUUAUGUGAUGCCUGAGGUUAUGAGUCCAAUCGACACAUUAUCCAAGAAAAAAGCACUUGAAAAGUCAAAGUAUGAGCAAUCUCUGGAGUCUGUAAGGCACUUUAUUGCUGUUUCUGAGAAGGAACUUGAAUUAUAUCAUAGACACAUUGCACUUUAUGGUGACUCUUCUGCUGAUCAUAAGCGCAACACUGUUAUUGGGUCCCACCAAGUUCUUGAGGAGAAUGUUGAUGGUUUAUCAAACCAAGAAUUAUCAGCAAGUGAAGUUGAUGAUGAUGAUGAUGAUGAUGAUGAUGAUGAUGAUGAUCUGUCUUUAAGUGAUAUGAGUUGCACAGAUGAGUCUACUAGUGAAUUGGAUUCUUGUAAUGAAGAAACAUAGACUAUACUUAAGAGGUUUUCUAGAGCUAUUUUUUAUGAUGAAGAUGAAGAGGGUAUCCAUGUCUUUUGCACAUAAGAAAGAUCCACGAGUCCAUGUCCCACAUUUUUGGGUUGUCCCAUUGACAUCAGUCCAAGUCCAGUAUACUCCAAACACAGUACAAAUUGUCUUGUCUUGUAAUGUAAUGUGAUGUCAUGUCAUGUCAUGUCAUGUCCUGUCCUGUCCUGUCUUUUCCUGUCACCCACAGCAAAUGGAGCCUUAGAGUUGAUCUUGAUUUAGGUUAAGAUUAUAGAUUUAUGAUCUAGUCUUGAUUAAUGGAUCAAAUGAGAUGG